AUGGAUAAUUCACCCGAGGUGGAAUCGAAGAGGUCAAAAAAGAAGAAAGUGGACCCAAGUUUCAAAUCGAAAAGAUACAGAGACAAACUACGGGCAGAGGUCAAAGCUUUAGAGAAUCUAAUUCCAGUGGACAGACCAACUCUCAACAAGAAACUAGACAGCCAAACAAUAUAUAGGCUUGCCAUCGCCUUUCUGAGAGUUAAAACAUAUUUAAAAGGUAGGCUUUACCCAAACUCAAGAAAUUUGAGCCUUGGACAGACGACAAACCACCGGAAUACAUUUGAUGCUAACCACACUGCUGAAACAUUCAUUCCAUUACAAGACUGUGACGGAAAACAUGGCACGCAGAAUGAGCAAAACAUGUCUGCAGACAAUCAAACACAUCAACGUUCUCGUGCGACAAAGCCGGGUGAUAUUCUUGAAGGAUCUGGAAGCAAAAUCGAAAGUGUCCUGGACCCUGCCACUUUGUAUCAGAUGAUCGAAGGUUUCGUGGUACUGGCAUCUGCAGAUGGAACAAUCAUGUUUGUAACAGAAAAUAUAUCAAAGUAUACGGGUUUCAGUCAGGUGGAUUUAAUACAUCGCUGCCUGUACAGCAUUAUUCAUCCAGAAGAUUUUCAGGAUUUGAAAGACGCUCUGGAGAGUCAUCAUGCAAGACGUACGAACGAAGGAAUUAUGCAGAAAGGUACUGAUGAAUACUCCAGCAACAACUUUGACAAUUUCUUCUGUAGAAUUAGGUGUUACCAUGGAAACACAACCGGUUACAUAAAACUUCACUGUAGUGGAAAGAUUCACCACUUGACAGACAUGACAAAAACGACACAAACGUCAAAAAGUGUAGUCCUGCUUUAUUGUCAGCCAUUUCUGAAGACAGGAAAUGACGUCAUAGAUGAUGAAAAGAAAGACGUUUUCUGGAGCAAACAUGAUCUGGAUUUGAAAUUUAAGGAAAUUGAGGAGACACCUAUUCUCGGAUACUCUUCUUCGGAUGUUUCCGGAACGUCUUUGUACCAGUAUGUACAUCCUGAGGACCUGUGUAUUCUUGACAACGUCCAUAGAGCAGUCACCAAGGUAACGGAGGUUCAGUCGUUUUUCUUCCGUCUGGAGAUGAAACAAGGAGGCUGGAUUUGGUUGUAUUGUAAAGGAAAAGUCAUCUGCAAAAACUCGAAGAAAUUUUCAAUCGUCUUUUCACAUUGCCCCGUAAGAGACGACGAAAAUGUGUUUAUCAAACAAGAGUCUUUGCUUAGACGUCAUCGGUUAGCCAACUUUCUUCAACAGUCUUCAGACAUCUCAGCCAGCAAUUCACAUCCGCCCCAGCACGCAGAUCAGUUAAACGAAGCACCUCAUCUUUCUAACCAGCCAUGCCACAUUCAGUAUCAGUACCAUAAUCACCUCGGUUUUGAUUCUGAUCAACAUGGAGAUAAUGCACUCGCGAAUGGUUACAUCAUUGAUGGACAUGGUCUCUCAUCGUCCUUUGCUGUACACAACAUGUCUUGUCCCUCAUCUUGGCAUGCGGACAGUGAGAGGCACUCGCCGGUCCUUCCAAACAACCACGCAGCCCAGAAAACAUUACAAAGGGAAAGACAACUGCAUAUUGCAGAGUACAGACGAAAGCAAUAUUUCGAGCAGAAGAGAGCGUUAAUGACGUCAUUGCACCCUAAUAACAACUGCGUGUCGAUUGCAAGAGCUUUUCCCGAACAGUUGCAAAGUGUUCAUUCAAUACCAAUGGCAUCUAAUACCUUUACACAUCAGGACAAUUUUAGUUCUCAUGCGGAUUCCCCUUGCAAUUGGAGCUUUCCUUAUAACGAAUGCAGGGGAGAUUAUGGACGUGGUUACAUUUCUCCUCAAUUACACGAACUUAAUUAUCCAUGCCGCCAAGACUUCAACCCGGAAAAUGUUUAUGUCAUGCCACCUCAUAUAUCACAUAAUGAUUACUUUUCACUACAAAACCAGAAAGUAGGGUAUUUCGAAAGUGUGAACGGAGUUCCAGAGAACACAAAACACCCGACUGACAUUUACGGAUAUGGUGUACCCCGAGAUAAGCAAUGUUUAGUUCCCCACUUUUCCCCCAACGUACAAAACUUCUAUUCCAGUGCCAAUGUUCGAUUUUCUAUGGUGUGCAAUUCUGAUUUUAACAUAUACAACCCUGUUUCAAAAGACAAUGUAAACUGCUCAGCCGAAAUGCAUGAAACUUUCAAAAGCAAUACAGGAAUCCCCAGAAACAUCAUAAAGUCUGAAAGAGGUAAAGCCACUUGUUGCGCAAUGUCUGAAGGAAUAGAACCAGCAGUGAAGCCAGGUGUGAAGUAUGACAUCGAAGCUUCAAUUUAUAUGAGAAUUGUUGAAGCCCAGAAUACAAGACACUCUCAGACAACUAAUGAUUUCCCACCAUGCAAAAGUCUAGUAUCGUUGUGAGGUUCUGAAAUAAGAAUGGAUGAUUUCGUCUUCUCAUACCGGAAAUAAUAAUUUUGAACGUGAUAGGAUCACUGGAAUAUUGUUGCUCUUGCAAUAGACGUGUUAUAUUGAUCUCCCUAAUGAGAUUUAAAAACUCUCGCAGCCCGCCUGCUCGCUUAGCUCAAUAGGUAGAGCACAGAUCUAGGUCGUGAGUUCAAUCCACGCGCCAGUUCUCCAAAGACAUUGUUUCUGACAUAAUUGCAUCCUCUGAUUCAUGUGGGAAAGUUGGCAAUUACUUGUGGAAAACAGGUAAAUAGGGGUACUAGUACAGAAUCGAGGAACACUGGUAAGGUUUACUGUCCGCCGUUACAUAACUGAAAUACUGUUGAAAAAAACGGCGUUAACCAUAAGACAAACAAGCGAUCUCGCGAACAUGCAUAUGCAAGUGCUAGUAAUCGAAAUAUUGUGGGAAGUGUUUUAGUAAUGUUCACAUUUUAUUUACUGCGUUUUUAUUUCCUUUAGGAAUACAACCAAACAUAGCCUUUAACGUAAGAUUAGCGUUUUGCAGCUACCCAUAGUAGUUUUAUAGAGAAUACCAACGGUGCGGAUCAGACAUGCAGGUCAAAUUUCAAUUAUUAACAUUGUUUCUUGCUAGAUAGAUUUCAUAUUUUAUUUAUUGAAGUACAGUCCAUAUUUUAUGUCUUGCUUUUAGCUCACCUGAGCCAAAGGCUCAUGGUGAGCUUUUGUGACCACUCAAUGUCCGUCGUCCGUCGUGCGUCCGUCAACAUUUUCUAAAAAGAUCUUCUUGAAAACCACUGGGCAGAUUUACGCCAAACUUCACAGAAAUUAUUCUAUGGUGGCCCCCUUUCAAAAUUAUUCAAAGAAUUGAAUUCCACACAGAACUGUGGUUGCCAUUGCAACCGAAAGGAACAACUUAAAAAAUAUUCUUGUCCAAAACCGCAAGGCGUAGAGCCUUGAUAUUUUGGCAUGUGACAUCAUCUAAUGGUCAUCUAUAAAAAAAUUUUGGGGUGAAAAGAGGCUCCGCCCCGGGGGUCCCAAGUUUUAUAUAGGAAAAAAAAACUUUUAAAAACAAACUGCAAGGCCUAGGUUUUUGAUAUUUGGUAUGUUGCAUGGCCUACUGGUUCUCUACCAAGAUUAUUAAAAUCAUGCCCCCGAGUUGAAAAAGACACCACCCAGGGAGUCCCAAGUUUCACAUAUACAUAUAUAGGAAAGAAAUAGAAAAAAAAUCUUCUUGUCUGAAAGUUCAAGGCCUAGGCCUUUGAUAUUUAGCAUUGUGUAGUAGACCUUUAACAAGAUUGUUCAAAUUAUGCCCCUUGGGUGAAAAGAGGCCCUGCCCCGGGGAUCACUUGUUAUAUGAGUUAGAUCUGUUUAGGAAAAAAAACUUAAAAAAUAUCAGAUCAUAUUUCCGAGACUGUUUCAUUAUAAUUACCUGAUGACCCCUAGUGAUUAGGGGUCACCUAACUGUGAUCUGGAUGACAUGUAUAGUUUUGCACACUGAUCUUAAAACUGACUUUCAGUGACCAUAAAUGUGACCUACUGAUCUACUUUCUUAAUAUUUUAGCAUCAGUUUGACAUGUUUCACAUUUGAAACAUGUUCACACAACUGGGAAAAGAGUUCAACGCUUACUUACAAUUGACUUUCUUACCUGAUCUCUUACACUUGUCAAUGUAGCUCA